CAGUCGCACGGAGAAGCAGCCCACGGCCAAGGAUGCACUCUCGCUGGGCCGCAUACAGCCGGCAUUCACACGUGUCCCCUCGAAGCGCCAGCCAAGACGCGUGAUUGAUGAUUUUCUGCACGGCAGUAGAAGCGCCAGCAACACGCUGAAAGGCAAAACGGUCGGCGGUCACACCAACGGCGGCGUAGGCAGCAGCGUCACCGACAGCGGCGUCUAUCAGAAUGGUGGCGGCGGCGGCGGCGGCGUUAUUGGCGCGGGCAUGCAAGCGGCCAACAUGAUGCCCAACAACUACGAGAGUCCCUACCGCUCCACGUACAGCAUACCAACGAGCCUCGGCUUACGUCCGUACCAUCAGCCAUCCCAGCUGGGCAACAACGGCGGUGGCAGCGUUUGCAACAGUAAUUUGCAAACACCUGAUUCACCGCGCAGCACGCGCAGCGCUCCAUGGCCACGCUCGCAACAGCGCUCACUAUUCGGCAAUAAUCCCUCAAGUCCGCGCUCUGUGCGUUCGGCGAUCGCAGGCGGUGGCGGUGGUAGCGGCUCGCAUCAUCACCAUCAACACCAACACCAUCACCAUCAGUCCGGCGGCUCGUCGCAGCAUCGGCAUUCGUCGCGUUCAGCGCAUCGCGAUCACGUAUCUUCAUCCUCGACAUCGGCACAUCAGCAGCGCUAUCGUUCGAGUUCGGUGGAAAGCCAUUCAUCAAACGAUUCACGUUCGACGCGCAGGCAUAAGCAUCGCCAUCGGCGUACCUCCGAUAAUGAGAGUGAAUUAUCGCGUGGAUCUGGCCGUUCAGGUCGUUCGCAUCAUCGCAAGCGUCGUCGUUCGCGUCAUCGUCGCGACUCUGCCGGUUCGGAGCAUGAGAGCACGCGCGGUCGCAGUUAUUCGGGCCACCGUUCGUCAUCGGUGCGCAGCGGUUCGGCAGAGUUAAUCGAUUCUACAUUACAGUGGCGUGAAGUGCAACGCCGCCAGGCUGAGGCUAGUAUGGGUCAAAGUUCCGUACAGCAGGCGUCCGUCUCGAAGAGUAGYGUGGUGGCGCGCAGCAUGCACAGCAACGAUAGUCAUUCGGAUACGCAUUCGCAUCACAAAUCACGGCGACAUCGCAAGAACAAAUCUCCCUCCGAUUCGCGCAAUCGCAUUUGGUCUAGUGAACUGGCGAAACAUUUGCAAUUUGGUCUAGUCGACACUGCUGGCAUGACUGAAGAUCAGCUACGUGAAAUACCCUACACAGUGGUGGAGACGAAUUCGAAACGCUCCACAAUGAAUAUGAAGAUCCACAAGAGCGGUAGCAAGGGUAGCGURGGUGGCAAAAGCACUGGUUCGGGCAAUACGAUAACAAACGGCAGCGGUUCAACGAGCGGACAAGGCAAAAAUCGUGUGGAUCGCAUUAGAGGAAAAUGUGAAUCCGGUCAACCAAAUCUCAACAAUGAUCGUAUCAGAUUGUAUUUCCAAAGUUCGAAUGUGACUGAUAAUACGAGUGGCCGAAAUGGAUCUAUACGCUCCGCCAGCACAAUAUCAUCACGAGAAUGUGAACGAAAUAGCGGCUUAGUAAGAAUGAUGUCCAGCAUGAGUAUGGGCGACUUCAUCUCACCGACAGGCUCUAACCUUAGCCCACUAGAGAAUUCAGCGUUGCGUGUUUCACAUGAACACACCGAUUCCGGACUCGGUGCCGAUCAAGACUACGCCUAUUCCUCCGAACGAUCUAGCGAUAGUACACGGUAUGGAACCAAUAAAUCUUCGGGCGCCUCGAGCGGCAGUCAUCGCAAAUCCAUUGGCGGCGGCGGUGGAGGAGGCGGAGUCGGUGGCGGUGGCACAACCACUUACAACAGCUUAAUGCAACAAACUGUGAGUAAUCAGCAAAUGCAACACCAACAACAACAGGCUACGCCACGCCAAACAUCAUGCUUUGCACAACGCCAAUCACAACAACAACAACAGCCAGCACAAACGAAACCCCUUUACAAUAACCCCAACUCCAACCAUCAAAUGGGUAAAUCGUUGGCGCCCAUACACACCUCAUCAUCCAACUCCCACGGUCCCACGUCCCUUGCUUCCGCCCAUCAUUCGACCACUAACCUUACUAACGCUAAUGAGAAAUGCGCCUCAAAGGCMACACACUCGWGCGCAAACAACAGUAGCAACARCAACAACAACAACAACAGUGGUAGCAACAACAGCGGUGUUGGCAAUCGUCUACUGAACUACACCACAUUCGAGAACAAUCAAUACAAAUUCAGUUUGAAUAAUGUUUUUGGCAAAUCGACUGGUGCGUCAGCCGGCAACGGUCAUAACGKCAGUAGUGGUAACGGUAGUAGCGGUAAUAUUACAGGUGCUCUUAGUGGUGGUGGUUGUGGUGCUAUUGAUAAUGCUUAUGGUUGUGGUAGUAAUUUAAGUUCUAGCACCAAUCGCAUGGAUAGCUUCGUCGAAUGGCCGAAUACGCCUGCAGCGCCCUACUACUAUCAGGGACCGUCGUCGGUCGCCGGUUUGCACAUCAAGAAGCGCGACGCCAAGUCGGAUAUUGGCGUGCCRACAAGACGACUCUCCGGACAGGCCAUCACCAAAACGCAGCUACUCACCGGUCAGAUGCCCGCAUCAAGCUACUAUCACACACCGACGCCCGUACACACCGCUGGCAUGGGUGGCUUCGAUGCGCGUCUGCAUCCCGCCAAGUCCGAUCUCUUUCUCUCCUACAUACAUCACAGCGCCGGCGGCAGCACGGCCGAGUACGAGCGUCCCUACAUCUACAACUACAAAAUGCCGCAAAUGCCCGAUUUUCUACGUGGCACUGGGCAAGCGCAGCCGCAGCCACAGCACCAGCAGCAACAACAUGCGUCGCCGGAGUUGCAUCCACAAAUGUCAGCUUAUCACAUUUCGGGCGCUCAAACCGCCGAUCCGCCGCCACCGCAGCAAGCGCUUUACAAGUCAGCAUUCGGCGGCAGCAGCGGUGCGGGCGGUGUGGAGAGCGCUAUGCUUUAUGGUGGCGCCACACCUGCCACCGAUGUGCUCUACUACCAGUUCGACAACGGUAAGCCGCCCAUUGUGCAACAGCCGAAAUCUUUGCUGCACAAGACCGCAAACAAUGGCGCUGGCGGUGGUGGCGUUGCCGGCGGUGGUGUUGUCGGUCCUUUGGUAUUCCUGCAGCAUGCCACAUCAUCAGCAGCAUCAGCGUCAGUGCAGCAGCCGCAAACUUACACCGGUGGCGGCAAUCAAGCCAGUGCCACACCAACAAGCACAACACAAUCAUCAAACUGCAGCGAAGGCAGCAUCGACGAGCACAACGAAGAUGAGCUCGAAGACGUGCAAGAAGUCGAGGAGGAAGACGUGGAGGAACACUACGCCAGAGAGGGGGAGCCUACGGCGGAGAAGGACGCUUACAACGUCGAACUUACGCGAAAUGUUGAAUUGCUGGCAAUAUCGCCCGCCGAUAGCGCCAGCGGCAAUAAYAACUAUAGCUGCAACGCGACAGACUCCGYAGAGGCUAUCGACAACGCCGACAUUGGCGACGGUGAUUCCCUCGCGGCCAAUUACAAUCUCGAUAAUUGCAAUGCCAACGCCAAUGCCAAUGCCGAUAGCAAUGGCUGUGCGGGCAAUUUGUCUUAUAAUACGAAUAUUAAUGUGAAUGCCAACACCAACAACACCAAUCCCCGCACCAGUAGCAACAACACAUCCCCAAACAAUUGUAGUGCCCCGAAUGCAAAUGCAACGCCUAAUCGCAAUCGCUGCAACAUUUCKCAAAUGAAUCAAAAUCCAAAUCAAAAUCAAAAUCACAACCAGAAUCUCAAUCUCAAUCAGAAUCUGAGUCCAAAUCAAAAUCAAUAUUUGGGUAACAAUUCGAAUUCGAAUCAAAAUUCGUUAGCACAAAAUCGCAACCAAAAUUCCAUGCAAAAUUCCAAUGCGAAUGUGAGCACAAUUCACAACCAAACGAAUCCAAGUAUUUCCUCCAGUCUAGAGAUUAUACUUUCACCUAUUAUACAAAGUAGUCGACGGGCGCAAUAGUCGGCGAAAUGAGCACGGAAUUAUGAGAAUUAGCCAAAUUCAAUAGACGUCAAUAGCCGCAUGUAGAGCAGCAAACAACAACAACAACGCCAACAGCACACGCUGGCAAACUCACCACAAUAGAGGGAGCACUAGCGCUUGUCGAACAAGAGCAGCAGCGGCGGCUAAGUGCAGAUUUUUCACAACAACAACAGCGACAACAACAAUGGCAGCAAUAUAACGACUUAAUGCACGAGCAACAACAACAACCGACUCUAGCGCCGCCACCGAGCGCGUUUUGCAAACACUGGCUACAACAACAGCAGCUGCAGCAGGAAGAGCAACAAAAAAUUACGCAGCAACAACAAUUGUAACGCGUGUAGCAAAAAUACAAGCGCGCUUAGCGGCAGCAACAGCAACAAACACAAUGGCAACAGUUGCAUGCAACAAGCACUGCUCUACACAGUUUCAGCUAAAAUAUUAACUAGCACUGCAACAAGCAAGCAACAAGAGGCAGAACAUGAGUGCAGCAGCAACAACGGCCACAGCGGCCGCAGCUGGAGGGAAAAAGUUAGCAAAAAGCGAGUAUUUGCAGCAAGUGCAGUUGAAUAGUUUCGUUGCGGCGCCCACAUGGUUGCGGUUGUGGUAAAAUUGUAUAUGUAAAUGUGUUUAUAUAUAUACAUGUGGGUGUGUGUGGAACUUGCAACUGAGUAUCGGUAACUGGUAUAAUAAAUACAGAAAUGUGUUUGAUAAAUAAAAUACAAAAAUAGUGAACGAUUUCAAAUAAAAUGUUGCAAGCAGCAACAACAACGAAAACAAUAACACUGAAAACAGCCAUAGUAAAAACAGCAACAACAUUGUUAGCAAGCUGUAAGCGAUACAAGCUUUCAGUAAGCUCGCACACAUCAUUUGCAUGCGAUUCGGUAUUUGUGUAGUGUAGCAUAGUUUCAGGCGCACUAUUUGAAAAGUUGCAAAGCUGCUUACUUUUCGUCAAGUAAAUUGGCAACAAAGCGGAGCAAAAGUAAAAUAAACACUAUAUACUUGUAUCUUGUUGCAUUUAAUGCAAAAAUAGUGCAAAAAUUUGUUUUCAUUUUGUUUAGAGAAAACGGAAAUAUUUGAACGAAGCUUUAUUUCAGUCGAGUGUUUUGAGUCCAUUUAAAUCCAUUUUAUAUAUACGUAUAAACAUUGUUAGAAGUUGYGCAUAGUUGCAGCAAAUGUAGCAAAUCAAAAUAUUUAAACGAAACUCCCAACAACUAAGCAUCAUAUUUAGCAAAAGUUUCAGGUUUCGCAGCAAAUAUUUAUAUAUUUACUUACUUUGGUAUUUCUCGCAGCAGCUGUGCCCAAGCAGCGCUCGUCGCCUCUUACUCAGUACUUCCCUCGUGUUGCCAUCUUAAGUGAGUUUUGCACCCAAAUUUAAUGCCACUGCGCAUCAGGGCGUGACAACGACCUCCAUUAAAUGCAAAGGAAAUUGAUUUUUAUGCAAUUUCGGAUGUGAGGCUAUUAAACAUUUAUGGCGAUCUGCUUUCUCUUCRGUUUAGCAGCUGCUUUUUGCGAAUUUGUAGAGUGGACUUUAAUGUUUCAAUCGUAAAAGAAUUAGGUACUGUUAAACAAAUGUUUUUAUUAUGAGUUGCUGUACAAGGAAAGGGUAGCGCRGGAGAAUGUGAAGAUAUUUACGGUAUUACAAACUGAUGGCAGUGUGGCAGAAUGCGUGACAACGAUUUUCGUGAAUGUUUAGUCUGUAAUAACUACCGGCCAAGUUUUCGGGAUUUGAAAGUCAUUUGUUCGGGAUCGCGAAAUAUUUCGGGAUUCACCUUCAGAGUAUCAAAAGUUUGUUUUCAUGAAAAAUUCCAAAGUUUUCAAUGGAUUUCGCAAUUUUCGGGAUUUGUAAAUGUGUUCGCGAUCCCGAAAUGUUUCGGUAAUCAUAAACUGCUACUCAGAGAGAAUUAGAUUUUAAUGUAWUCGCACACAAUAAAUAUUUCUUAUGGGAAAUGUCUUUAUCGUAAAUAAACCUCCAGCAAGUUKUCGGGAUUUUUGAAGUAGUAUUAAUUUGUUCCUGCAAGCCCACUAAAUUAAUAAUAUUUGGGAAAUAGGUCUGCAAUGUAUUAAAUUGGAAGUUUUGAGGUAUGUAAAUCAAUUGUUCGGGAUUCAUUCAUUGUUUUUUCAAAUGCGUGUUAGUGAGCUCUUGUAAUAGCACUUAAUUAUAAUUGUUUAUGAAAAUAAAUUCUAUAUCUUUCAUAAAAUAUUAUGAAGUUUUCGGGAUUUUAAAAUUAUAUAUUCGGGAUCCCGAAAUGUUUCGGGAUUCAGAAAGUGUUAUAAAAAACGUUAUUACAAUUUAAUAGCAAACAAUAAAUAUUUUUUUGAAAAAAAAAAAUCUAACAAAAACAGUAAAAAAUUGUAUCUUCUACACUCGAAGGUGGUACUUUAAAAAGCUUAGAGUCCAAGCAAGAAUAUUUACAAAAUAAAUAAUAAAGAAGUUUUGAAAGCAUAUGUUCGGGAUGCAUUACUGUUUUUUC